AUGUACGUACAUGAAGAAAAUAUUGUCAUCGGCAUCCCAUCCAAACACUUUAACAUGGCUCGUACCAAGCAGACCGCCCGCAAGUCCGCCACCGGUGCCAAGGCACCGCGCAAGUCGCUCGCCACCAAGGCCGCCCGCAAGUCGGCGCCGGCCACCGGCGGCGUCAAGAAGGCCCACCGCUACCGCCCGGGUACCGUCGCUCUCCGUGAGAUCCGCAAGUACCAGAAGUCGACUGAGCUCCUCAUCCGCCGCCUUCCGUUCCAGCGCCUCGUCCGUGAGCUCGCCCAGGAGUUCAAGGCUGACCUCCGCUUCCAGUCGUCGGCUAUCGCCGCCCUCCAGGAGGCCACCGAGGCCUACCUCGUCUCGAUCUUCGAGGACACCAACCUGUGCGCCAUCCACGCCAAGCGUGUGACCAUCAUGGUCAAGGACCUCUCGCUCUCGCGCCGCAUCCGUGGCGAGCGCGCCUAAGCGUCUCUUUGCUGUCUUGGCUCGCCGAGAUGGCAUCCACCGCAACAACAACCUGGUUCUUUUUAGAACCACCCCCCGUCUGACAAUGGGAAACAGAAUGAACGCAACCACUACCGCAA